AUGCCACCUCCUUUUCCAAGGAGGCUCGCAAAGGAUAAGAAAGAGAUUGAGGAAAAAGAAAUCCUCGAAACAUUCAGGAAGGUGGAGGUAAAUAUCCCUUUACUCGACGCUAUCAAACAAAUCCCUCAUUAUGCAAAAUUCCUCAAGGAACUGUGUACUAGAAAGAGAAGGUUAAUAGGUAACGAAAGAGUAAAUGUAGGAGAAAAUGUCUCCGCAAUACUGCAAAAGAAAGUUCCGCCCAAAUACAAGGACCAAGGUCCUUUGAAAAAGACAGGAGUAAUAAUCCAGUUGGCGGACAGGUUAGUCAUCUAUCCCGAAGGGUUGCUUGAAGACGUCCUUGUUAAAGUUAACGAAUUAGUUUUCCUUGCAGAUUUCUACAUUAUUAAUAUGAAGGAUGAUAACUCAACUAAUUCGUUUGACAUUUUGCUUGGAAGGCUGUUUUUAAGUACCGCAAGUGCAAAAAUUGAUGUUCGGAGCGGAACACUAAUAAUCGAGUUUGAUGGAGAAAUCGUGAAAUUCAAUGUCUACGAAGCUAUGAAUCAUCCUAACUCACUAUCAAAUAUUUCUAGCAUCGAUAGUAUUGAUUGUUUAACUCAAUCUUAUUUCAAAUAUCAUGACUAUGAUGAGUUGGAAACUGUCCUUUACAGAAGCAUUGACUAG